AUGCCGUGUAUGUACUUUUCUGGGAUAGAUAGUGAUUCUAUCACUAUCGAUGAUCCUAGCAAGGACUGCAUUAGGGUAAACCUUGAUCUAUUUAUUAGAGUUCUCAACAACUAUGAACAAAACACAAGGGUCUUUUUGGACACUCACUUUUUAAGGAUUCGAGGUAAUGAAGAUGGGCAUGAAGAUCGUACAGAGAAACUAGUGUCUAAGGGUAAUGCAUCUGUGGGUCUAGGGAAUAGGCCUUCUAUACCUAUUGCUGUGUAUACUAGCCGUGCAUUGAUUACAGCUGAAUUCAGGGAGAUGAGUAGUGAUGAAUUCAAGGAAAGGUUCCUUGCUCCGCUCGAUCAUGCUAUUAGGGAAUCGAACUUUUCAAUUCCGCUUUUAGCGCCAGCAUAUAAGUAUCCAUUUGGAGAUGCAAUGCAUAGGGAGCAAGCUAUCCAAGAAUACUUUAAUGGAAGAAUAGCUGGUCCACUUCAUGAUUUUUUUCAGGACGUUGGUGAUACAGACAACUAUUUUGGCAGUCCACCUAUUAUAAGACCCCCAUUGGAUCAACGAAGAACAAUGCAACCUGAUAUUAUUCAUAUGAUAAAUAGAUCGGAUUCGGGUAUACAAUCUCCCGAAAUUGUAUUUGGGAUAGGUGAUUACAAAACGGCAGUCUAUAAGAUGACAGAAGGAUUUGAAGAUUUGAAGGCAGCUAUAGAAAGUCAAAUCGAAAAUGUGCUGAACCGAAGAAGAUUGAGGCUGCAAUCCAAUGGGAACUUUUUUCCAGAUAGGGAGUGGACGCCUAGGGUAUUAUUUGCUUUGGUUUUAAGAAAGUAUAUAUACCAAGCUUUCCUCUGUGGAACCGACAGGAUUUUUAUUUCAGAUCAUCAAACAUUCUCAGGGUUCUUUCAAUAUGAAAUUGUGGAUGACAGGAUGUCUAUAGACUACUAUAUCAUUAAUGAUCCAGAAACUGUGGAGCAUGGCAUUACUUUGAGGUCAGCAAUAGCCGGAUUUUUCUAUAAAAGUGUUGGUGAUGCAGCUGAUACAAAGGCCAGGUUGAUGGAAAAUUUUAGUGUUGCCAGAAAAACCGAAAUAAAGCAUUUUAAAGAACUGGAUCCAUUCUUUAACGUUCGUCCUAGAGAUCCUUCUGGAUCUUCGAAAGAAUUGGCUGGACAUGGAUUUUCAGGCAGCUUAGACCCGGUAAAAGAAAACGACGACAGUGAUAACUUUGAUGCCAUUGAUGGCAACACAUAUUGCCGAGUUAUAUACGAUUCUGCAGAAUUUUAUCCUGAUUUGAAACUUCCAUCGCCAGUUUUUGUCAAAUUAUACUACUACUCUAGUCGGUUGUGGGAAAAGAAUAGUUUUAUGUAUUUGGAGAUACCGGAAAAAGAAGGGUACUAUGGUAUGUUUUUCAAUGAGCUUUUAAUUAAUGAAAGAAUUGCUAAGUCAGAAUUCGCCUCCAAUUUUCCAAAGCUCCUUGUUUCUGGUUACUGGAACGGGCUUUCCGAUCAUCCGAUGCAUAUAUUUGAAUACCUAGGGAAGGAGGUCCCAGAAGAAAAGUGGGAUAACAAAAAAGUGUACAGGGUUAUCAAGUCAAGACUCGAAGAGCUUCAUCUGAUAGGGAUUUCGCAUAAUGAUGUUAGGCUAGCCAACAUUCAUGUUUCUGUUUCUGGUAAAAUAUCUUUGAUAGAUUUUGGAUUAUCGGACUGCACAAAUAAUGAAGAACACAAGAAGAAUGAUUUUGAGACUCUUGACUACAUAUUGAGAGUGAAUGGUUCUAAUGAAAGUUAUAAGCAUGCCAAUCGAGUUAAUGCUAAAAGCGAAGCUAUACUUGCUGAUAAAGCAGACGAAGAUGACAAAUAUGGAAAUGAUAGUAAUUCUUCUAGUGAAGAAGUAUUUGAUGAAGGGAGUUCAGGAACUUUUGGUACCCAAAUAACGAUAGAAGAUAUUGCUUCAAAAUCAUCACAAAGAUAA